GCGGAAACCGUAGAUGGCGUGUCGGACACGGUAUCUGCGCGCAUGUCUGCCGUUGCGUCGGCAAACGCCGCCGCUCUCCUCUGUGAUAUCAUAUUGACUGGAUGCGCCGUAGAAAAUAGUCAGCCUCGUCCCCGAACCGGCAGCAUGCUCAUGCAACGCCUACAGUCCGAGGCACUAGUCCGCCUGCUCCUGCAGUCGGUGUUCACGAGCGACGGCGGCGGCGCGCGGCGACACGCCGUCGUCAACGGCUGCCGUGUGUUGGCCGCCUUACUGCAUAGCAACCAGUACAUGGCGGAGGGCGGGCCGGGCGGCGAGGCGGAGCGGCGCGCGGUGGAGCUGGCGCUGGCGCCGCAUCUGCCGCUUCUACACCAGGAGCUUCUCACGCACACACAGGACUCAAACCACUCCUCGUCGGGGCAGGCGGGGGACGCCCCCCGCGUGCACGUGGGCGCCGCGCGGGUGGAAGUGGCCGCGCUGUUGGCGCAACUAGCCAGCUCUGAGGUGCCGGAGGUGCCCACCACGCUGCUGGCUUUGGGCACGGCGGGAGUGCUGCUAGACCUGAUGUUCUCGCAUCCACACAACAACUUCCUGCACGCGCAGGUCACCGCCUUCGUGUCCGCCGCGCUCGUCAACUGCCCCUACCGCACGCAGUACGCUAGACAUUUAAUAUUAGAAUGUGAUAUUUUAACAAGACUGUUGGAUGCUUAUGAAGAAAACGAAAAUAAAGAUCCAUCAACCCCCCGCGCGGGCUACAUGGGCCACGUGAUCCUGCUCAUCCGGCGGGUGGCUCGAGCGCUCGAAGACGGUGCGUUCCCGCGGGCCGAGCUGCCUACCACACUGGCUGAGAGGUGGAGUGAAGCGCUGCAGCGCUUGGAGCCGCUGUUUCAGCAGCUGGAUACGCCGCUGGGCGGCUACUAUCCUUCAGAAUACAGUUACGAGGAUGAAAUGUGUCUCCCAGACACAAUAGGAGCCAGUUACGAUUUUAACGACAUGGCGACGUCGGGCGGGCUCGACGACAUCGGCGGAGAUAUGAACGCAGACGACUCUAAUGAGGUGCUGGGUGGCUCGGGGACGGCGGACUUCAUGUCGGAUGGACUUGCAGAUGACGACCAUAAAUUUACAAUGUCCCAGAGCAGUUUCUUAGAACUAGCGAAUCAAGCUAUUAGCAGCAUGUGGGACGAAGACCAAUCAGAACAGACCACCGACCCGCUCAACGCAGACGUUGCACCGUGGGAGGGCGCGGCGGCGGGCGCGGGCGCGGCGGAGGAGGGCUGGGCGCAGUUCUCGAACGACGCCUUCGGGAACCCCGUCGACCCCUUCGCUAAUAGCUCCUUUGGAACGCAGUUUGAUGCGCAAUCUGCGACAGCAUCGGAUGGCUUCAAUUCGGAUAAAGAACAGUUUUGGAACUAUGGCUGGGGCGGCGAGGGCGGAAGCGAACAAACGGCCACAUCAGAGAUCGAACAGAGCAUGCAGAACCUGCAUCUGGACUCGGCCACGCACCCCGCGCCGCUCACCAACCAGCAGAUGGAAGACUCCUCAGUAGAGCUGGCCAAUAACCUUCUAACCGCCAUGAGCUCAAUGACCCCGGAGGUCAUCGCCAACAUCGUCAACGCCAACAUGAACCUCGACAUCGAAGACAGACAGACGGAUGAACCCAGCCAUGACACGCCGAAAGACGCCGAGCUAGAUAGCGCUAAUAAUAAAGAUGAGAGUCGAGAUACGACGGAAAGCAAUGAAGGGAAUGUCAGUGAGAGGUGAUGUGUAGAUGCGAUGUUAUGUUAGCCCCUAGUGCUAGGUUGGAGUGUAAGUUGUUGGUUUCUUUUUACAUCCCCUCCGUUUGGUGUUUUGUGCGAGAGGUUUUUAAUAAGCGUUUGGUGAAAAUUUUAGCUUUUGAUACUACAA